UGGUGACCACACUCUCUCUCAUUUUUGGAUAUCCCUACGGACGACACUGGGUUCAAGGCUUGACGGGGUGUUGAAGUGAGAAGUUUCCCCAAAAGCUUUACAGCGCUAGAGUUCUGACCAAAUUGGAGCCAGGCUUGUGAUUUCAUCCUUGGCCGUGAUGGAUCGUCUCGGGUCGAGAAGCACAUGCUGGAAAAUCCGGUGACGGUUUCCGUUGGGCCUGACAGGCCAAAAGGUCACUGACUUCGAGUGGACGGCAACUGCCUUCAAUGCGAAGCAAGAGCUUUGGAUAUGAUUUUGCUCCGAGGGAUGGAGCUCAAAAAAUGAAUGCUCACGCAAGGCGAGCCCUGGAGAAUUGUGCAGCUUUACGGAGGCCAUGGCUGCGACGCUUGUUCGAAGGGCCUUUGACGUUUCUGUAAAGUGGAAUUCUUGUUGCCCGAGCUCUCCGACAAAGUCGGUCCUUUUCGGUGGCGACAUGAAGGCGGACGGCUGCAGACAUUUGUCGCGGUUUCUUUUCCACCUGACCAGACGAACAAGAUCGAUCGAUUGAUCACAUUGUCCACGAUUGGGCCUUCCUUUACCUGUUGACAACACUGGAAAGCAUUACUACAAAGUCGGGGGGCCCAUUUUGGGUUUUGAUGGAUCUAUGUUACGAAGACCGGGGUUCAGGAAUGCCCCAUCGAUCGAUCGUUCGGAUGGAAGUAUUGUAUCUGCAGCCUCGCCUGCGUGCGGAUGGACCAAUUUGUUGCAGCCGAUCGAGAUCUUGCCAACACGAGCCGUGCAUCCGAUUGCGUCUGCAGCUGCAGCUGCAGGCGCAACUUGCUAUACAGCACAGGAUUCUCCACCCUCCUGAACCCUCCGGGCUGCUCUCCGAAUCCUUGCCUGGCCUUCCCUGUGAGAUCGGAGGAAUAAUAGUCCUACAAAGAUGGCCAGUACGAGAAGUUCUUCCGCUACAUAUCUGUGCUAAACAAGCAGCGCUGAAUACAACACAAUCUCUAUUUAUUCUAUGUUUCGGCGCUACAAGAGAACUCCAGGUAUUAGUGGGGCCCAGAGUCCUGGAGAAGAUGCCAGAAUCCUCGAUGCAAAUCACAUGUACACUGAUGGCCGGGGACUGGCCGCCGUGAACGAGCUCGAGGUUCGACAUUAACAUCUCCAUCCGACUGUGUAAAGCACUUUCAGCGUUUGAUGCAGACUCCGUAUCACAUUCUUGCAAACGAACAGUACAAUAAAUUCGUAACGUAUGAGGAUUCGGUGGAUUGCUUCGCCGUGACUACCCAGAAAUCCGUUCGUGACCCGAGGCGAGAGGAUGUAUUAAGGACGCCCGUGUUCAGCUGAUACCCCAAGUAAUUUCUUGCCGGCAGAGAUGAAUGAAAAAAACAGAGUUGUACUGCGAUGGAAUCAGUUUCUUUGGAUAAAGGCUCGAAGAUCAUACCGACAGUACCGGAUCCUCAAAUACUGGUCCUAGUGCAGGGUAGUAGCAGGCUCUUCGUACUGCAGAAAGAUGUUGCGAAUGCCGUAAUGAGGCGCUUCUUGAGGUCCAGUUCAUCCAGGGCAAAUUUAUGAUUCUCACCAAUUUAUAAUCAUGGCUGCCUUCCUGCCAUCGUCCAUAUGUUCAUAGUUGCUCAGAAUGAAAACUGCACUUUGAUGCACUACAGUUCUUUGCUCCUGUACUUGCAAGGUCAGAUUUUCCUAUAAAUGGUCGUCCAUCAUUUGGUUCCUCGAA